GCGGAGCUACAGUGGGAGAUAGGAUGAAGGAGCAGUCCUUAAGCACGACUGAUGCAUUGAAAGGCAGUUUCUAAUUAGGAUAGAUCAGGAGUGGCCCACUUGAAGAAAAUAUAGAGCGACCCCUCUGCCAUUUUCCUGAACAGACAAAUUGCCAGUUUGAGCCUGUGACUGUCAGACAAGGGGCAGCCCAGGGGGCAGUCACCGGGCCACGUGACCAUGGGAGGGAGGGAGAGAGAGUGAAAGCGCCGCUAAAGGAAAGCAGGUCGGUGGUGGUGAGGGGCUGUGGUGCCAUACUGAGGGGAUGCCACAAACCAGUGCCGGGCUGAAUUACAGAAGGAUCCUCCUGGUAGAAGGGAAUUUAUAUUGAUCUGUGGGCAAGAUGUGUGGCUGCUGCUGGCACCUCCUCACUCACUGCUGCUGGAUACUGGCAGUUUGCCUCAGUGUUUGGAUGGAUUCAGCCCAUGGAAUUGGGGUUCAGCUGAUCCCUCAGAAUCCGGUGGUUAAUCAGUCUGUUACCCUGAGUGUCACUGGAGUCACUGGCACAAUACGACUGUUCACAUGGUAUAAAGGUUCAAGUACAGAUGCUAAUGUCCAAAUAUUCAGUGUUAUUCCAUCUGUAAACUCAGUGACAAAUGGGCUUCAGUAUUUCCCUCGGGCCAGUCAGUUCCCAAAUGGCUCACUGCAGAUCUCAGGCCUGGUUCCUACAGACCAGGGGAAUUACACAGUGUUUAUACAGACUAUAGAAAGUACAGCUCAACAUACAGUUCUCCUGACAGUUUAUGAACCUGUCACUUCCUCAGUGAUCAGCACAAACAAUAAGGAACCCCAGGAGAAGGAGAAAGUCACCCUCACAUGCAGUGCAAAUAAUGCUGAAAAUAUCCUUUGGAGCAAAGAUGGUGCCCCUGUCCCUCCCGGACUGAUUCUGUCUGCAGAUAACAGGACUGUCAGUUUCUCCAGUGUCUCUCGCUCAGAUACCGGACAAUAUCGAUGUGAAGCUUUAAAUGCCGUCAGUAAGAUUAUCAGUGAUCCCUACACAUUAACUGUAAACUAUGGUCCAGAAAAUCUGAAAAUGACAGAUCCACAACAAGUGACAAUUGGAAAAUCCUUCUCAUUAGAAUGUUCUGCUGAUUCUGUUCCUGCACCAGCCUACCUGUGGAAAUUCAAUGGGACUAACUUAGACUUACAAAAUAACAUAUUGCACAUCCACCAGGCCACAUAUGAGAAUGCAGGAAAUUAUACGUGUAUAGUGACUAAUUCAGUGAUAAAGCUCUCGCAGGAAACCUCUGUAUAUGUGACUGUGAAUGAGAAUGAUCCUAAUGACAUUCCCAUUGGAACUGGGUCAAUCGUUGGCAUUGUGAUUGCUGUUAUACUUGUCGUUGCUCUUGUCACUGCAUUAUUCUUACUGCUGGGCAUAAGAAGACGUCACAGCUCCUCCAAGAAAGAUAAGAAAUCUACCGAGAAUGGUCAUACGAGCGCACAAGGAAUUGAGAUGGAUGAAGCUGCUUUACAGUACAGCUCCAUAGAUUUCAGUGCACAACAGGGUCUCCAAAGUAAUGAUCACAUUGUACCUCCAUUUGACAACACUGUGUAUGCUGAAGUGAGACACCAGUGACUUCCUGCUCUCAGGAUUCCAUACAUGUUAUUUCCAUGUUGUCAGAGUCACACCAAAGAAUUCUGUAGGAAACAAGACCUUCGAUUCUUCACUAUGGGACCACGGGCUCUUCAUUAGCAAAAGACCAUUAACAACCCACCCUCAGCCAUAACACAUUUUAAAUAGAAGAUAUCAUAUACCAGAAAUGUUCAUUGUGUUACUCCCUUAAUUGCUCCGUUGGGAGUCCUGAAGCUGAAGGCCAGUACAUAUCUGCCCCAGAUGUAACAUUUUGUGACAUUACUUUGGCAUUGGUUCCAUCUAAUGCAGCAACUAUAGGAUCAUAAAAUCCAGUAUGUAACCAGUUAACAUGUGCUGUAUAUUGAAUUACUCAUUAUGCUGCUUCUCUUUAUUCCUAUAAACUUCAUUUUAAAUAGUACAAAUACAUCUGGGUGCAGCAGAAUGUUAUAUAUUUCACAUUUUUGCCUCUUCUGGAUUAAGAGGUUAAAGCUAUUGUCAUGUCUGGAAGCUUCUAGUGAUGUAUUUCAGACUUCUUUUAAAAUGUGAAAGCGUUAUCUAUUGAUUUAUUUACUGUUGUCUGCAUAGACUGUGCGGCACUACUGGUAGCCAAGAGGAACAGUUCACUCGGUCCUUACAGAGGGCAUUGUCCAGUCAGUAGGAGUAGGCCUGCAGCACAUAGGUUCUCUGGGCAAAACUAGUACUUUGUUGUUCCCUCCCCUUCCCAUCUUAAUGGUGUGAGCCUUAGUAAUUGGAAUAAUUUAUAUGGUGCUGUUUAGUGCGUGUUCUAGUACAGUGCUUUGAUGAGUUGAUGGGUGCCAGGAGUAUUUAUUAAGGGGCAGGUGUGCUUCAGAUCAAUGUAGGCUUGCAUUUGCUGUCUUUGGUAAUCACUUGUACAGUAAGCGACUAUACAGCCUUUAAUCAACACAGAAAUAUAAAUAUUGAUCUCACAGGCAGAAAUAGCUCUUAAUGUACUCAAGAAGCAAGCCAUAUUAUUACCCAUAUUAGAAUGCACUGACGCUGAGUUCUCCUAAAUCUGUUGCAUGUAUGGAAGCAUAGGCAGAUGGAGAUUUUUGUCUAUGAAGGGUCUACAGUACAUCAGUCCCCUGUAGUACAUAUCAGAAUCCCUAAAGUUCCACGUGAUGCAUUGCAGCACCCCAGGAAAGGAACAUCACUAAAUUGUAGGCUUCAGUCCAGUCUUCUGAUAGACUAUGGGCCUGUCUGUAGGCAGCAUUAAUGGGUCCUGCAAAGAGUGAAUGCAAAAAGACAACUUAAUACUCUGUGUCCUGCACAUCUGUUAUAGAUAGAAAUAUCUUAGAAUUAUGUAGUGUGUGACUAUGGGGCACAGUAUAUAUAUAUUGUGGGUAUUAUUCAGCUAUUUUGUGCGGUAUUUGUUACCUGCCUGGGAGCAGCCCCUCUUCCAUCCUGUACUUCUUGGGGUGGGUUAGGGGGCUGAGACUCUUACUACCAAAUUUUUUUAGAAACUUAGGUGUAAAAUGAGGAUUUGUUUGAUUUACUCAACUAUAGCCACCUCUAAUAAGAAUAAAAGCCUUACAUUUGUUGGUUUGGGUUGGGUCACCAUCAUAACCCCCAACUAGACACAAGAUGGAGCUACUCUUUAAGGGCUGAAAUUGGAAAUUAGUAUUGUUAGUAUUAUUUUUAUAUACUGUUAUGGUUGAUGGACAGGGUUUAAAUAAUGUGAAAUACAUUAUGGACCAAAUGUAUGCAGAUUUGUAUUUGUAGCCCAUAGUGGAAGACUCAAUAUUGAUUGUGCCAUCAUCUGAGAUUGUCUCCAGAAACUUCUAUAAAGAGCUGUUUCCUUAAGGUCUUCAGAGAGACGAGACAAACAGGAGGGCAUAUCUAUUUUGUAAUGGUUAUUAAAUGGGAGGUCUAUAACAUAUGGAGGAUUUCAGAUGGGACAUUCCUAAAUUAGGUGAUUAUUGAUCUGAUGGAAUAUCACCCCCCCCCCUUCCAAAAAUAUAAGAGGCAGGUUGUGUGAUUGUGACUUGAGUUACAGGGGACUUCUUUGCUUAAUGGUAUACAUUAUUUUUUUAAAGGUACCGGUCCCACUGGAGAUGUGUAAUAUAUUUUCUCUUAAUAUCCUUAGUGAAUGUGGACCUAGUGUGUACGUUCUUGCCAGUAGUGCCUUCUGACCCCUUUGUUAUUCAUAUGUUUUCUUUGUACCAUUCAGUCUCAGUGUGUGCCUGCUUUCUAUUGUACAGCACUUUUGGAAAAUGUUAUUACUGUAUAAAUACAAAUAUAUACUAUUAAACUAUUUUUGUCAUGUA